AUGAUCCCUUACGCCACGGUUGAAGAUGCGUCCAUGGCGUUAGGCCGAAACCUGACGAGGCUCGAGACCGUUUGGUUCGAUUACUCCGCCGCAAAGUCCGAUUACUACCUCUACUGCCACAACAUUCUCUUCCUCUUCCUCAUCUUCUCCCUCGUCCCUCUCCCUCUCGUCCUCGUAGAAUCGGCGCGAUCUGCGUCGGGGUGGUUCGAUCGGUAUAAGAUUCAGCCCAAGGUGAAGAACUCGUUCUCCGAUAUGUUCCGUUGUUACAGAGACGUCAUGAAAAUGUUCAUUCUCGUCGUUGGCCCAUUGCAGCUCGUUUCUUAUCCUUCGAUUCAGAUGAUUGAGAUUCGAAGUGGGUUGCCAUUACCGUCUUGCUUGGAGAUUGUAGCACAGUUAGUGGUUUACUUCUUGGUAGAGGAUUACACAAACUAUUGGAUCCAUAGAUUCUUCCACUGCAAAUGGGGUUAUGACAAGAUCCAUCAUAUCCAUCAUGAGUACACUGCUCCUAUAGGAUACGCUGCUCCAUAUGCUCAUUGGGCUGAGGUUUUGGCUCUGGGGAUUCCCACGUUUCUGGGGCCUGCGAUUGCUCCUGGACACAUGAUCACCUUUUGGUUGUGGAUAGCUUUACGCCAAAUCGAAGCUAUUGAAACUCACAGCGGAUAUGAUUUCCCAUGGACUCUGACAAAAUAUAUUCCAUUCUAUGGUGGAGCUGAGUAUCAUGAUUACCAUCAUUACGUUGGAGGACAAAGCCAGAGCAACUUUGCGUCAGUUUUCACUUACUGCGAUUACAUCUAUGGAACCGACAAAGGUUACAGAUUCCAAAAGAAGCUUCUUAAGCAGAUCAAGGAGGGGUCCAAGAAGAGCAACAAGCAGAAUGGAGGAGAGAAAUUCGAUUAA